AUGGGCCACAAUACCAAGACAACCACCUGGUUGGAUCCUCGUCUUUGUAAGAAAGCCAAAGCCCCUGAAGACUGUGAAGAUGGAGUCAUACCAUAUGAAAAAAUAGAGGACCCUCAGUAUGGGACAUACUAUGUUGAUCACCUAAACCAGAAAACCCAGUUUGAAAAUCCAGUGGAAGAAGCCAAGAGGAAAAAGCAGUUAGGACAGUCUGAAAUUGGGUCUUCAAAACCAGAUGUGGAAAAGUCACACUUUACACGAGAUCCAUCCCAACUUAAAGGUGUCCUUGUGCGGGCAUCACUGAAAAAAAGCACAAUGGGUUUUGGUUUUACCAUUAUUGGUGGAGAUAGGCCUGAUGAGUUCCUACAAGUGAAAAAUGUGCUGAAAGAUGGUCCUGCAGCUCAGGAUGGGAAAAUUGCACCAGGUGAUGUUAUUGUAGACAUCAAUGGCAACUGUGUCCUUGGUCACACCCAUGCAGAUGUUGUCCAGAUGUUUCAACUGGUACCUGUCAAUCAGUAUGUAAACCUCACUUUAUGUCGUGGUUAUCCACUUCCUGAUGACAGUGAAGAUCCUGUUGUGGACAUUGUUGCUGCUACCCCUGUCAUCAACGGACAGUCAUUAACCAAGGGAGAGACUUGCAUAAAUAAUCAGGAUUUUAAGCCAGGAGCAAUGGUUCUAGACCAGAAUGGAAAAUCAGGACACACCUUGACCAGUGAUCGUCUCAAUGGACCAUCAGAUCUAAGCGAACAGAGAGCAUCCAUGGCAUCAUCAGGCAGUUCCCAGCCUGAACUAGUGACUAUCCCUUUGAUUAAGGGCCCCAAAGGCUUUGGUUUUGCAAUUGCUGACAGCCCUACUGGACAGAAGGUGAAAAUGAUAUUGGAUAGCCAGUGGUGUCAAGGCCUUCAGAAAGGGGAUAUAAUUAAGGAAAUUUACCAUCAAAAUGUGCAGAAUUUAACACAUCUCCAAGUGGUAGAGGUGCUAAAGCAGUUUCCAGUAGGUGCAGAUGUACCGUUGCUUAUCUUAAGAGGAGGUCCUCCUUCACCAACCAAAACUGCCAAAAUGAAAACAGAUAAAAAGGAAAAUUCAGGAAGUUUGGAGGCCAUAAAUGAGCCCAUUCCCCAGCCUAUGCCUUUUCCACCCAGCAUUAUCAGGUCAGGAUCCCCGAAAUUGGAUCCUUCUGAGGUCUACCUGAAAUCUAAGACUUUAUAUGAAGAUAAACCGCCAAACACCAAAGAUUUGGAUGUUUUUCUUCGGAAACAAGAGUCAGGGUUUGGCUUCAGGGUGCUAGGAGGAGACGGACCUGACCAGUCUAUAUAUAUUGGAGCCAUUAUUCCUCUUGGAGCAGCUGAGAAAGAUGGUCGGCUCCGAGCAGCUGAUGAACUAAUGUGCAUUGAUGGAAUUCCUGUUAAAGGAAAAUCACACAAACAAGUCUUGGACCUAAUGACGACUGCUGCUCGAAAUGGCCAUGUGUUAUUAACCGUCAGAAGAAAGAUCUUCUAUGGAGAAAAACAACCUGAAGAUGACGGCUCUCAAGCCUUCAUUUCAACACAGAAUGGAUCUCCCCGCCUGAACCGAGCAGACGUCCCAGCCAGGCCUGCUCCCCAGGAGGCCUAUGAUGUUGUCUUGCAACGAAAAGAAAAUGAAGGAUUUGGCUUUGUCAUCCUCACCUCCAAAAGCAAACCACCUCCAGGAGUUAUUCCUCAUAAAAUUGGCCGCGUCAUAGAAGGAAGUCCAGCUGAUCGCUGUGGAAAACUGAAAGUUGGAGAUCACAUCUCUGCAGUGAAUGGGCAGUCCAUUAUUGAACUGUCUCAUGAUAACAUUGUUCAGCUGAUCAAAGACGCUGGUGUCACCGUCACACUGACGGUCAUUGCUGAAGAAGAGCAUCAUGGUCCACCAUCCGGAACAAACUCAGCCAGGCAAAGCCCAGCCUUACAGCACAGGCCCAUGGGACAGUCACAAGCCAACCACAUACCUGGGGACAGAAGUGUCCUAGAAGGUGAAAUUGGAAAAGAUGUCUCCACUUCAUACAGACAUUCAUGGUCUGACCACAAGCACCUCGCACAGCCCGACACUGCCGUGAUUUCAGUCGUAGGCAGUCGGCACACUCAGGUUGGUGACCAGAUUGUUGAAAUCAAUGGGGAACCUACCCAAGGAAUCACACAUACUCGAGCAAUUGAGCUCAUUCAGGCUGGUGGAAAUAAAGUUCUUCUUCUUUUGAGGCCAGGAACUGGCUUGAUACCUGACCACGGUGAUUGGGAUAUUAACAGUCUUUCAUCUUCAAAUGUGAUUUAUGAUGAACAGUCACCAUUUCCCCCAUCUUCACAUUCUGCUUCCAUAUUUGAAGAGUCUCACGUGCCAGCAAUUGAAGAAUCUUUAAUGAGAGUUCAGAUAUGUGAAAAGAAAGAAGAAUUAAAGGACGCUGCGCCUGAAAAGAAAAGCACUUUAAAUGAAAAUCAGUCUGAAAUGAAGCAUCAGUCUCUCUUCCAGAAAAAUGUGAAUAAGCGGGAUCCACCCAACAGUCAUGGGCACAGUGACAAGAAAAAUCUAUUAAAAGUAGAAAACGGUGUUAGACGAAGAGGUAGAUCUGCUAGUCCCAAAAAGUCAUCCAGUCAGUAUUCAGAGGAACAUUUGGAAACGGUUUCUAGUCCUCUAAAGGAUGACCCCAAAAGACGACCAAGAGAGCGAUCGCCGAGCCCCAGGAAAGGGGAGAACAAAAGCUGUCAGAUCAGCACCAAGGCAGGUGCUGGACAAGAUCACUGCAGAAAAAGCAGAGGACAUUCUUCCAGCCCAAAGCAGCAGCAAAAAAUUGAAGGAAGCAAAGAUCCAUCAAAUACUGAAGCCAAAUUAUUAGAUGAGAGUCAAAGAACAACAGGCCAUGCUAACAAUAAUGCUGAUGGGAAAGAAAAAUCAGGUGUCAUCAGGAAAGAUGCAAAGCAGAGUCAGUUGGAAAAAACAGAACGAGGUCUCCAGAGAAAAACAAAAGAAUGCAUGAAAAGUCUCUUCCAUCCAGAAAGACUAAUAACACUACUAGUAGAAUAGUAUCUGACAAUGAAAAAGGAAAGAAAGCAAUCAUAGGAGAAACAAGUUUUAGCAAAGAUAAAGUAGGAGAAAAUGUCCAAAUAUCAGAAAAGAAGCUGAAGCAAGAACCUGAAGAGAGAAUGGUUUUAAACAAAAUAGAAGGUCACAAAGGGAAAGAACUAGAGGCAGCUGACAAAAACAAAGAGACUGGAGGGUUCAAACCUGAAUGUAGUUCUCCAGUUAAGAAAACACCAAUAACUCCAGGGCCCUGGAAGGUGCCAAGUGCGAAUAAAGUCACAGGCACUACUGGUGUGGCUGAGAAACGGCUGUGACCUUUAUUGUAAAACAAAGAAAAACAAGUUGUAAUCUUUUCUUACUAAAAAGCAGCAUUUUUCCAGAAAAACAAUUUUUUUUUCAGAAAUUCUGAGACACGUAAGUACGUUUUACUUUGAGCACCAAGUUACCUAGGCUGCAUGAAGGGCCUUUAGGAUUGCUAAGAACCAGCUGUCCCCAUGGCUGGCCGCCCUCCCUCGCACUCAGGAAGGAGCUGCAUCCACGCGCUCGUCUCACGCGCUGCUCAGGCUGCCCGGCUCGUCUUCAUGAGUGUCUGAACAGAUGACGUGUGUCGAUAUUAACAGUGUGGUCACAGCUCACUUUGUAUUUGUGCCAGGUUAGCUACUGCAUCAUGUCUGUUUUAGCCUUCUCAUUCAGCUAUUUCCACACCAAUGAAAAAGUUAGGUUUGGCUUGGAAGUUGAUGUUCUCAAUAGCAUGUUGCAUGUUUACAGAGAGAAGUAUUGAGUCCUUGCAGAAGAGAUUGUUAACUCAUCAUUAAAGAUGGCAAUUGUCUCUUCUAGCAGCUACUGAUGAUGUCCCAGUUCAAAAAUAAAACUCCAAAACAUCACUACUUUUAAGGAAAAAAAUAUAUAGUCAAAUACUGAUGCUUUCUUAUGGCUUUUUAUUUUAAUUUGGCUAGAUAAGGUGUUUCAAAUAACUGUUAAAGAUAUUACUUACAAUUGAAUGUUCGAAAUGAGAAAGUACUUACAUUUUAAGUAACAGUUUACCUCCUGCUGUGUUAUCCAACCUUGAUGUAGUUAUAGCAUCUCAGGCCACCCUUUCUAUUUCAGUUAGUUCAUUAUGAAACCACAAAGAAGCAUGUGGAAAUAGCGCUUAUUGCUCUUCAGAGAAAAACUGCCAACUAUUUGUGGAUAUUCUGAUUGUACCUACUACUAAAGUCAUUGGCUUUUAAUACAGAAUACAUAUUUGAAGAGUCAAAAUGAUAUGGAUUGUGUGAGGGACGUGAUCAUGAAACCAGUUUCACAGUCCAUGGACAGAUAAAGUACCAACUCUUCUGGUAGCAGAUGUUUAAAAAUUCGGAUGUUUAGAAGUAGAAGCUGCGUAAGGCCUGCCAGCAAGUAAGGACGAACGUGGUGUAGACAGUCCUUGCUGGAUCUUAAUUUUAACUUUUAGCUACACUGACUUUCUUAUUUAAAAACAAGAAAGUGAGACUAAACAUCUGCUUCGCUUGUACAAAUUUUCAGAAUUCUUUUUAAAAGUCUAAAUAAAGAUGUUUGUUGGAAAUUGGAGACAGUUGACUCCAUAAAAUAAAUCCAGGUUUUUCAGUCCCCUGAAGUAGCAUCUAUUAAAUAAAGGCACCUUCUCAGAAUAAGCCUGUGCUAUGGAGUACUGGAACACACUCGUUCCGUCACCCUGGGUUCAUCUUGUGAAACACAUUAUGUCCAGUCCUUCCCUCUGAGAGUCUGACUGUGAAGCUCUUUAAUGUAACAACUGUAUCAGCCCCUGUAGAUAAGACAUGCUUCCCAGUGUGAGAUUUUCGAAAUCCUCUUUUCAUCCAGAAUUAUAUUUACCCACCUAUUGUAACUACUCGAAUAGAGCAAAUCUAGGAGGCUUGAUAAAUGCUAAGAAUUUAGUAUCACAGAAAUGGUUUAUUUUCCCUAUAGUCCACAAUUAGUGAUACAAAUCCUUUUAUUGUUAAAUGUGACAUAACCGAUGUCAUAUGUUGUCAGUCUGAUGUGGCUCUUCCUAAGUAACCUGUCACUGUACCGAUUAUAUACGACUUAGCAAUGUGGCCUUGGAAUGCUGAGCAAAAUAUGGAUGUACUGGCUGUAAAUGUUUAUAUAUUGUACAGUACCUUUAUAUAUACACACUUGAGGUUCUGAUUAGAGAAAGAUCUAUAAAUCGCUCGUUAUUUUUUAUAUAGACAUUAAAAAAAAC